CUUCUUAUUAUCGAGAGCACGAAAGCUAAGGCAUUUUCUUUAUCUGCACAGCAUUUGCCCCAGCUCUUAUCUCAGACACACCCAAGACCCCUACGGCUUCCUUUCUGCCUUCUGCUAAGGAAGAGGAGCUCUCUUAAAACCUUGACUCUGCGCUUGCAUACCUAUGUCAUUCUGACUGUCUUUGUCCUGUCUUCUCUCUCACGAAGGUUCUGAAAGGAUUUGGAGCUUUGGAACCAGCCUGAAGGCCCCUGUGCUCUAUGCUGGGGUCACCCAAGUCCCGAGGUUCCUCCCCACUAGGGUCGUAGAGCACUGCCCAUGUGUGGAGAAGUCAAGUUGGCGGUGCUGAGUUCCCGUCCUAGCACUGCCACUGUGGCCCUGGGCAAGUUACUUAUAUACAUUGAACUUGAGUUUCCUCAUCUGGGAGUGGAGACGCUAAUACUCGAGAAACCGCCCUACAACCUCAAGGCCUUCAACCUGCGCAUCAGCUUCCCUGAGGAGUAUCCAUUCAAGCCUCCGGCAGUGACGUUCACAACCAGGAUCUACCAUCCCAACGUGGACAGCAGCGGGCGGGUGUGCCUGCCCAUCAUCAGCAAGGAGAACUGGAGGCCUUUCACCAAGACCUGCCAAGUUUUGGAGGCCCUCAACGUGCUGGUGAAUAAACCAGAGCUGGGGCAGCCCCUUCGCUUGGAGCUUGCUGACCAGCUGACACAGGACCCGGAGCUGUUCAACAGGAGGGCCGAAGAGUUCACCCUCCAGUUUGGAGUGGACCGGCCCUCCUAACUCUGCCUCUGACCCAUCUCUGCACUGGAUGCUUUCUGUGUGAUGGACGGACACAUGUCAUGGGCUAGGGGCCAGAGCCCCUUUGUGGUCCAUUUCUUGCUCAUUUCUUCCAAGCUUUCCUCCUUAGAUUGUUAGUCAUUUGUGUGUGUGUGUGUG